AAACAGUUCAAAUUCUUGCAACUAGCGAUAAUGGACGACUCCGCGGACGAGCGGAAGGAGCGGAAGCGAGAGUACAUCCGCCACUUCAUGCAAGGGUACCGCGACAAGCAAAGGAAAUCGAAGCAUGUCCUGCAGGCACAGAUCGUUCGGUUGGAAGAACGCGUGAUAACGCUGCAUCGUGACCGACAGCGUCAGCGAACACCAAAAAGCGACGACUCGUCGACCACCAUGCUACCCUGGCGAGACGUUGCAGCGGCAAUGCACGACAUGCGACAGCAUUCCUCCAUGCAAAGACGGACGCUAACCAGUCACGUGCAGGAGUGCGAGCAGGUCCUUGCCGAGCUCAAGGAAUGGAUGGCGAUGUCCACCAUCCACGCGACUCCGAGUACACACCGAACAUCAUGGCGCGAUUUCACGCUGCUCGCCCACCCCACCAGUCGACGUCUCGGAAAGCAGUGGAUCACACAGCAAAUGUACCACAACCUCGACCGCGCGUUCAUGCAGCACGGCAUGCCGCCACCGCAUCCCCUUGCCGUGUCCAGUCCGGACAACAUGCAUCAUUCCAUGGAUCUCGAAUUCUCCGACGACGGACACUGCUUUGUGCAAAAGGCGCAGAAGAUAUGGCUCCUUCCCUUGGAGACAGUCGUCGCGCUCUUUCGGCGGCACACGGGCUCCAUGUUCACCCUCGACGCGUUCACGCCCGUGCAUUCCCAAAUCGCCACAGAAGAGGACGGGAACACGACCCUGCAUGUGUACCCCCCCUGCGCCUCGGGAGGGUUCUCCUUCAGCUUGCUCUGCGGCGAAUUCCAUUCACACGAUCGAAUUGUCCUAGUGAUUCAACAGCUGCAAGGCGACGAAGCCAUCCCGACGGCCAAUCAUCAUCGCCUGCGCAAGCGCAUGGUGUGGAUUGAGCUUCGCCGCGAGUCUCCAACUUCAACCUACGAGCGCAUCCUCAACAUAACGUGGCACGACACGACCCCAGAUGGAGUGGACGUGUCACUGGACGAAUUGGCGGCCCGAUGGGGCGUGGAUCUGGGUCAAGUGACCGACGACGCUGAGAAGGAGCGGCGGCUGGUGCUGGGGUAUCGGGCUCGGAACAAAUCGCUGGUCCAGCAAAGGAAGCAAUGGUAUGCAGAGUUAGUGCACAUGACCAUCCAGCAGCAGCAACAGCAGCAGUACAAUGCUCACAUGGAUACCGAAUAAUAGUCAAGAGCAUAUUAAUAUAUCGCGUGGGGUAGAAUACUAUGCAGUGUGUCGAUAAUACUCGAGCAGUAAUAAAAUACUUUAUAAGGGCC